AUGGCACUGUCGAAUAAAGUAUUAAUUUAUGGAGGACGUGGGGCACUUGGGAAAGAAUUGGUUGAUUUUUUUCGAUCAAAAAAUAUUUGGGUAUUGAAUGUGGAUAUGAGCGAAAGUGAAGCAGCUAAUUCAAAUGUACUUGUUGACCCACUCCAAUCUUGGGUGGAACAAGAAAAGAAUGUUUUGAAUGGUGUUGAAUCCGUACUUAAUGGAGACAAGCUUGAUGCUAUUUUAUGUGUAGCAGGAGGUUGGGCUGGAGGGAAUGCUUCCAACAAAGAUUUUAUUAAAAAUGCGGACUUGGUUUGGAAGCAAUCUGUUUGGACUAGCUCGAUAUCUGCUAAAAUUGGGGCAAAAUUUCUCAAACCUUCGGGAUUGCUACAAUUCACUGGAGCGGCGGCGGCGGUUCAAGGAACACCAGGGAUGAUUGGUUAUGGAAUGGCUAAAGGUGUGGUAAAAAUAAUUUAA